UGCGUGUGAUCUACCAUGGACCCAGUGUUCCGCAGCCUCCUACUCCUGGGAACCGUCGUGACAAUGGCCCGUGCCUGCCCCAAGUACUGCGUCUGCCAGAACCUAUCCGAGUCACUGGGCACACUGUGCCCCUCCAAGGGCUUGCUCUUUGUCCCGCUGGACAUCGACCGGCGCACAGUGGAGCUCCGCCUGGGUGGUAAUUACAUCAUCAAGAUCACCCAGCAGGACUUUGCCAACAUGACGGGCCUGGUGGACCUGACUCUGUCGCGCAACACCAUCAGUUUCAUCCAGCCCUUCUCUUUCGCGGACCUGGAGACCCUACGGUCACUGCACCUGGAUAGUAAUCGUCUGACGGAGAUUGGAUCUGACGACUUGCGGGGCCUGCUCAACCUGCAGCACCUCAUCCUCAACAACAACCAGCUGAACCGCAUCUCCAACGAGGCCUUCGAUGACUUGAUGCUCACCCUGGAGGACUUGGACCUGUCCUACAACAACCUGCGGGGUGUGCCCUGGGAUGCCAUUCGAAGGAUGAUCAACCUGCACCAGCUUAGCCUGGACCACAACCUCAUUGACUAUAUCGCUGAGGGCACCUUUGCUGACCUUGACAAGCUAGCACGUCUUGACCUUACAUCUAACCGGCUCCAGAAGCUGCCACCAGACCCCAUUUUUGCCCGUUCCCAGAGCAACUUGGCAUUGGCCACACCCUACACACCCCUACUCUCGCUCAGCUUUGGCGGGAACCCCCUGCACUGCAACUGUGAAGUGCUGUGGCUCCGGCGCCUGGAGCGAGAGGACGACAUGGAGACCUGCGCUUCCCCACCCAACCUGAAGGGGCGGUACUUCUGGUAUGUCAGGGAGGAGGAGUUUGUGUGUGAACCACCCCUCAUCACCCAGCAUACCCAUAAACUUCUAGUGCUUGAAGGCCAGACUGCCAGCCUGCGCUGCAAGGCCGUUGGAGAUCCCAUGCCGGUCAUCCACUGGGUCACCCCUGAUGACCGGUUGAUCAGCAACUCAUCCCGGGCGACGGUUUAUGAGAAUGGUACAUUAGACAUCUUGAUCACCACGACUAAGGACUACGGCACCUUCACCUGCAUCGCAGCCAACGCUGCCGGAGAGUCCACAGCCUCUGUGGAGCUUUCCAUCAUCCAGCUGCCCCACCUCAGCAAUGGUACGGGCCGCACAUCCCAGCCUAAGUCCCGGCUUUCCGACAUCACCAGCUCCACUAAGACUAGCAAAGGAGAGGCCAAGGCACCUCCUGAGCGAGCAGUGACCAUCUCGGAGGUGACGGCCAUCUCCGCUCUGGUCAAGUGGUCCGUCAGUAAGGCAGCCCCGAGGGUGAAGAUGUACCAACUACAGUACAACUGCUCUGAUGAUGAGGUCCUGAUCUACAGGAUGAUCCCCGCUUCCAGCAAGGCCUUUCUGGUCGCCAACCUUGUGUCAGGAACGCAGUACGAUCUGUGUGUCUUGGCUAUCUGGGAGGACACUGCGACCACUUUGACGGCAACCAAUGUAGUGGGAUGUGCUCAGUUUUCUACCCGCGAUGACUACCCCAGGUGCCAGUCUCUCCAUAGCCAUUUCCUAGGUGGCACCAUGAUUCUGGUAAUCGGCGGAGUCAUUGUUGCCACCCUUCUGGUGUUCAUUGUCAUCCUCAUGGUGCGCUACAAGGUAUGCGGCAGUUCCCGGGCGGCCAAGCUGCCCAGUGUCAGUGACACCUACUCGCAGACCAAUGGUGGACUAGCCGGACGCAAUGGCGUGCCACUGCAGGCUAAGCCCAAGGUGGUCGUACGGGACGAACUAAUGGAGUUUAGGUGUGGCUCACUGCAGAGCAGCCUGUCCUCCUCCUCUAGUUCACUGGGGGGCCGUGAUGGCGAUGCAGAUGGGGACAGCCUGAAUGGAGAAAAUAGUGGUGGGGCCCCUAGCAGAUGGAAGGCUGCUCCUCCUAAGGCCCGCCCAAACCUGGACCACCUGCUAGGAGCCUUUGCCUCUCUGGAGCUGAGGGGGCAAGGCAGGGACCCUGGGCCUUCCGGAUGUACGUCCGCUGGCCGGCCCCCACUGUCCGAUAAGGAGCCACUACUGGGCCGUGCGGACUCUCGGCUGAGCCGGCUCCUCAUGCUGCCUCUUGAGGCCAAGCCCAAGAGAAGUCAAUCCUUUGAUGUGGGGGACUUUGCAGCUGCACAGUGCUGUGCAUACCCCAGGAGGAUCAGCAACAUCUGGACUAAACGGAGCCUCUCUGUCAACGGGAUGCUCCUGCAAUAUGACGAAAGCGAGGCUGAUGGCAGCAAGACUACCUUUGAGAGCUCAGAGUGGGUCAUGGAGAGCACUGUUUGA